AUGGAUUUCGAGACUAAUGAAGAUAUCAAUGGGGUUCGCUUCUCCUGGAACGUGUUUCCUUCUACCAGGACAGACGCUAACAAGAACGUUGUGCCAGUUGGAUGUCUUUACACGCCGUUGAAGGAGUACGAAGAAUUGAAUGUGGCUCCUUACAAUCCGGUAGUUUGUGCGGGUCCACAAUGUAAAGGAAUUUUGAACCCUUACUGUGCGAUUGAUCCAAGAAACAACUCGUGGACAUGUCCGAUCUGUAAUUCCAGAAACCAUUUACCUGCCCAAUACGCGAAUAUGACGCAGGAGAACAUGCCGAUUGAGCUGCAGCAUACCACCGUAGAGUAUAUCACGAACAGACCUGUGCAGAUUCCUCCGAUUUUCUUCUUCGUGGUUGACAUUACCGCAGAACAGGAAAACCUGGACGCUUUGAAAGAGAGCAUUGCGACAUCUUUGUCACUGUUGCCUCCAAAUGCGUACGUGGGUUUGAUCACGUAUGGUAACGUUGUGCAGUUACAUGACUUGUCGAGCCAGGGUAUCGAUAGAUGCAACGUGUUCAGAGGCGACAGGGAAUACCAGUUGGAGCAGCUUGUUGAAAUGUUGACUGGCCAAAGACCAAGCAGUUCUAUAGGUGCCAUGCCUAAUGCGAAGAUCACUCCGUUCUCGUUGAACAGGUUUUUUUUGCCAUUGGAGCAGGUAGAGUUUAAGUUGAACCAAUUACUGGAAAAUCUCACUCCAGACCAAUGGACGGUGCAUGCAGGACAUAGACCUUUGAGGGCGACAGGUUCAGCGUUGAAUAUCGCGUCUUUGUUGUUACAAGGCUGCUACAAAAAUGUUGCCGCUAGGAUUAUUCUCUUUGCUUCGGGUCCUUGCACAGUAGCUCCUGGUCUUAUUGUUUCAAGUGAGUUGAAAGAUCCUCUGAGGUCCCACCAUGACAUUGACUCCGAUCGUGCUAGUCAUUACAAGAAGGCCUGCAAGUAUUACAACCAGUUGGCUGAAAGAGUGGCUCAAAACGGCCAUACUGUGGAUGUCUUUGCCGGUUGUUAUGAUCAAAUCGGCAUGUCUGAGAUGAAACAAUUGACGGAUUCGACCGGUGGUAUCUUACUGCUGACUGAUGCUUUCUCAACAGCGAUUUUCAAGCAAUCAUAUAUGAGAUUGUUUGCCAAGGAUGAAGAAGGUUAUUUGAAGAUGGCUUUCAAUGGUAGCAUGUCUGUGAAGACGAGUAAGGAGUUAAAACUACAGGGUUUGAUCGGCCAUGCCUCGGCUGUGAAAAAAAGCGAUGGAAACAACGUCAGUGACUCGGAAAUUGGCAUUGGUGGUACAUCUACAUGGAAGAUGUCUGCUUUGUCACCAAAUCAUACUUAUGCAGUAUUUUUUGAGAUAGCAAACACCGCUGCCGCAACUCCCGUUGUUGCUGACAGACCUCGUUUGGCAUACACGCAGUUCAUCACCAAUUAUCAACACUCUUCUGGUACCAACCGUGUUAGAGUGACAACCGUUGCAAACCAAUUAUUACCAUUCGGCGCGCCUGCAAUUGCAGCAUCCUUCGAUCAAGAGGCGGCCGCUGUGCUGAUGGCCCGGAUAGCGGUUUACAAAGCAGAGUCCGAUGAUGGUGCUGAUGUGAUCAGAUGGAUUGAUAGGACGCUGAUCAAACUAUGUCAAAAGUACGCGGAUUAUAAUAAGGACGAUCCAUCUUCUUUCAGAUUGGCGCCAAACUUCUCUCUGUACCCCCAAUUUACUUAUUAUCUGAGAAGAUCGCAAUUUCUAAGUGUGUUCAAUAACUCCCCUGAUGAAACCGCAUUUUACAGGCACAUUUUCACGAGAGAGGACACGACAAACUCAUUAAUUAUGAUUCAACCGACGCUGACUUCUUUCUCCAUGGAGGACGACCCCCAGCCAGUCCUGCUUGACUCUGUGUCAGUGAAACCCAACACUAUCCUGUUGCUAGACACCUUCUUCUUCAUUUUAAUAUACCAUGGUGAGCAGAUCGCUCAAUGGAGAAAGGCAGGCUACCAGGACGAUCCUCAAUACUCAGCCUUCAAAUCUUUGUUGGAGGAGCCUAAGCUGGAAGCCGCAGAACUGCUGGUUGACAGAUUCCCACUUCCAAGAUUCAUCGACACUGAAGCCGGCGGAUCUCAAGCCAGAUUCUUGUUAUCUAAGCUUAACCCAUCCGAUAGCUACCAGGAUGCCUCCCAUGGUGGUUCUACGAUUGUUCUGACUGACGACGUUUCAUUACAAAACUUUAUGACGCAUUUGCAACAGGUAGCUGUGAGCGGCCAAACAUAG